GCAAACGGUCUUCCGGCCGCGACGUUUCUGACCGGUGUCAUCAGCCGAGUGAAGCGUGGGUUUUACUCUUCAACAAAUCCUGCUGAAGUUAUUCAGGAUGACGGAACGCAAAGGAACAGCAAAACUUGACUUUUUGAGGAAGAUUGAGGAGGAGGUUCAGCAGAAAUGGGAAAAGGAAAAGGUUUUUGAAAUCAACGCACCAACCACCAUUGGGGAAAAUACAGAUAAGAACAAGUACUUUGUCACGUUUCCCUACCCAUACAUGAAUGGGAGACUUCACCUUGGACACACAUUCUGCCUGUCUAAGUGUGAAUUUGCAAUGGGCUACCAGCGGCUGAAAGGAAAGCAGUGUCUUUUCCCAUUUGGACUUCACUGCACUGGGAUGCCCAUCAAAGCGUGUGCAGACAAGCUGAAGAGGGAAAUGGAGCUCUAUGGAUACCCACCCCAAUUCCCUGAGGAAGAUGAAGAGGAGGAAGAGCAGAAGAAGACCUCAGAUGAGAUCAUUAUCAAGGACAAAGCAAAGGGCAAGAAGAGCAAAGCUGUAGCAAAGUCUGGAAGCUCCAAGUUCCAGUGGGACAUCAUGAAGUCUCUGGGGCUGCAGGACGAUGAAAUUGUAAAGUUUGCUGAAGCUGAACAUUGGCUGGAGUAUUUUCCUCCUCUUGCUGUACAAGACCUAAAGAAAAUGGGUCUAAAGGUUGAUUGGCGGCGUUCCUUCAUCACGACCGAUGUAAACCCCUUCUACGACUCUUUUGUGAGGUGGCAGUACAUCACUCUGAAAGAGAGAAAAAAGAUCAAGUUUGGGAAAAGAUAUACCAUUUACUCUCCGAAAGAUGGGCAGCCCUGCAUGGACCAUGACAGACAGACAGGAGAGGGAGUUGGUCCUCAGGAGUACACCCUUAUUAAGAUGAAGAUCGUGGAACCUUACCCAGCAAAAUUGAGUGCUCUUAAAGACAAGAACAUUUUUCUGGUUGCUGCGACUCUGAGGCCUGAAACCAUGUUUGGUCAAACGAAUUGCUGGAUUCGGCCAGAUAUGAAGUACAUCAUAUUCGAGACGGCCAGCGGUGACCUGUUCAUCAGCACACAGCGGUCAGCCAGGAACAUGUCCUACCAGGGCUUUACCAAGGAGAAUGGAGUGGUUCCGGUGCUCAUGAACAUCAUGGGCCAGGACAUCCUCGGCUGUGCAUUGAGCGCCCCCCUCACCUCAUACAAGACCAUUUAUGCCCUGCCAAUGCUCACCAUUAAAGAAGACAAAGGAACUGGAGUUGUCACCAGUGUGCCGUCAGAUGCGCCUGAUGAUAUCGCCGCUCUGAGGGACAUUAAAAAGAAGCAGGCUUUGAGAGAGAAGUAUGGAAUUCAAGAUUUUAUGGUCCUACCAUUUGAGCCGGUACCCAUCAUUGAGAUUCCAGGGUAUGGGAACCUGUCGGCUCCUUUGGUUUGUGAUGAACUGAAGAUCCAAAGCCAGAAUGACAGAGACAAACUGGCUGAGGCCAAAGAGAAGGUCUACCUUAAGGGCUUUUACGAGGGGAUCAUGUUAGUGGAGGGUUUCAAGGGACAGAAGGUCCAGGAUGUGAAGAAGCCCAUUCAGAAGAUGAUGGUGGAAAAGGGUGAGGCGCUGAUUUACAUGGAGCCAGAGAAGCAGGUGUUAUCUCGGUCUGCAGACGAGUGUGUUGUGGCGUUGUGCGAUCAAUGGUAUCUGGAUUAUGGCAAUGAGGAAUGGAAAAAGCAAGCCAUGGGCGUCCUGGAGGCUCUGGAGACGUUCUGUGAUGAAACCAGAAAGAACUUUGAAGCAACAUUGGCUUGGCUUCAGGAGCAUGCCUGUUCCAGAACGUAUGGGUUAGGAACCCGGUUGCCAUGGGAUGAACAAUGGCUCAUUGAGUCCCUGUCGGACUCCACCAUCUACAUGGCCUACUACACCGUGGCACAUCUCCUCCAGGGAGGGGUUCUCAACGGACAAGGACCCUCCCCACUGGGAAUCAGGCCCGAGCAGAUGACGAGGGAGGUGUGGGAUUACAUCUUCUUCAAAACAACACCUUUCCCAAAGACGGACAUCCCGAAGGAGCACCUGCAGAAGCUCAGGAGGGAGUUCGAGUUCUGGUACCCUGUAGACGUGAGAGUAUCAGGGAAGGACCUGGUGCCAAACCACCUCUCCUAUUACCUCUACAAUCAUGUAGCCAUGUGGCCCAAUGACAGUGGAAAAUGGCCACAAGCAGUACGUGCCAACGGUCAUCUUUUGCUAAACUCUGAAAAGAUGUCCAAAUCCACUGGCAACUUUCUCACUUUGAGUCAAGCCAUUGCCAAAUUUUCAGCAGAUGGCAUGCGUUUGGCUCUGGCUGAUGCAGGGGACACGGUGGAGGAUGCUAACUUCGUUGAGGCCAUGGCAGAUGCGGGGAUUUUGCGCCUCUUUACAUGGGUGGAAUGGGUGAAAGAGAUGAUCGCCAAUCAGAACAACCUGAGGACUGGACCAGCGGACACGUUUAAUGACAGAGUGUUUAUUAGCGAAAUGAAUUCCGGCAUCAUUAAAACAGAGCACUAUGAGAGAAUGAUGUACAAGGAGGCGUUGAAGAGCGCGCUUUUUUGAGUUCCAGGCUGCCAAGGAUAAAUACAGGGAGCUGGCCAUCGAGGGCAUGCACAGGGAUCUUGUGUUCCAGUUUAUCGAGAACCAAACACUCCUGCUGGCUCCCAUCUGCCCCCACCUGUGUGAACACACCUGGUCCCUGCUGGGGAAG